UUUAAAAAGAAUGACUCUGGAGCCUGGAUACGAUAAAUUAAGAAGAGCCCGUUCGACACGACUACACGAGUCUAUUCUGGCCCACUAACGACCUCCUUCCUUUCCCCGACUUCACGCCUUUGAAUCGUUGAUGCGAGCAGCCUGACGAGAAAGGAAAACGGAACAAUACCCUGCCGGUACGGCCAUCGGAGGAGUGUUCUGCGGACCCAUGAGCGGGAAAGCCCGAAAUUUCCGCCGCCGUGGUGGAGAGGACGCAGAUGAAGCUGAAACGUCUGCAGUUUCCGCGCCGAAUGGCAACUUGGCUAAGUCGCAAGCCAAACCUGUCGCCAGCUUCGGCAAGCCGAAAAAGCCUUCAACCUUAGCUCCGAAGAGCCUACUUAGCUUUGCGGAUGACGAAGAGUCCGAGGAUUCUCCUUUCAGUCGGCCUUCUAGAUCCUCCUCAUCAAGCUCUCGCCCCGUCAAGGCCUCCUCUUCUCACAAGCUGUCAACAGUGAAAGGAAGAAAUCCUACUGCGGCCUCUCUCCCAUCCAAUGUGCAGCCCCAAGCUGGUACCUACACUAAAGAAGCUCUCCUUGAGCUCCAGAAGAAUACCAGAACCCUAGCUGGCUCCCGCCCUACUCAGCUUAAACCCAAACCCGAGUCAGCCGAGCCUGUAAUUGUAUUGAAGGGGCUUGUUAAGCCAACUAGUACUGUUGAACAGGAGCUGGAGAAAGAACAGGAUAGUGAAGAAGAUGAUGGGACGGUUGAGAGACAAGGCCUGCCUCUGCGACAGGAUAGAGAUGAUACAUUGAACAGACUUGGUUCUAUGGGGUUGGAAAAAGGCUUGAAGGGAACUGAUGAUGUUGGGUCAGAGAUACCAGACCAGGCAAUGAUAGAUGCCAUAAGGGCAAAACGGGAGAGACUCAGGCAAGCUAGAGCAGCUGCCCCAGACUACAUUGCAUUAGAUGGAGGAAGCAAUCAUGGGGAAGCAGAGGGUUUGAGUGACGAGGAGCCUGAGUUUCAAGGGAGAAUUGGGUUCCUUGGGGAAAAAGUUGAGCAGGGAAAGAGAGGAGUCUUUGAGGAUUUUGAGGUUAGGGGGUCACAGAGGGAUGUUGCUGUUGAUUGCGUGUAUGAUGAGGAUGAAGAGGAUAAAAUGUGGGAAGAAGAGCAGGUGAGGAAGGGCCUGGGGAAGAGGAUGGAUGAUUGUUCUAGUAGAGGAGUUAGUGGUAGUGAUGGUGGUGUCAGUAAUAGCCCUGUGGCUCCUAGUGUUCAGCAGACUAGGUAUGGAUAUUCAGUUUCUGGAGCUAGUGUAUAUUCCCCAGGGCAGACUGUUGGUGCUCCUGUUGUUAGUCCUAGUAUUCCAGGAAGCCUCCCUGGAUCAGAUGCUCUCUCAAUUUCACAACAAGCUGAGCUUUCCAAGAAAUCAUUGCUUGCUAAUGUGUCUAGGCUUAAGGAAUCUCAUUGCCGCACUGUGAAAUCAUUGGCUAAGACUGAAGAAAAUUUGUCUUCAUCGUUGUCCAAUUUGACCUCAUUGGAAAGUUCUUUAUCUGCUGCUGGUGAAAAGUACAUCUUUAUGCAAAACCUUCGUGAUUUUGUUUCUGUUAUAUGUUCAUUUUUGCAGGAGAAAGCUCCUUACAUAGAGGAACUAGAAGAACAGAUGCAGAAACUUCAUAAAGCACGGGCAGAGGCAAUUUUAGAUAGAAGAGCUUCCGAUAAUGAGGAUGAAAUGAGAGAACUAGAAAAUGCUAUUAAUGCAGCAAAGCAAAUUUUUGGUGAACGUGGUGGCACCGCAGCCACAAUAGUUGUUGCAAAAGAAGCUGCCCUAAAAGCAGCUGCUGAGGCAAGAAGGCUAAGAGAUAUACCUGUAAAGCUAGAUGAAUUCGGUAGAGAUGUGAAUCAACAGAAACGGAUGGAUAUGACAAGAAGAGAAAAGGCUCGAGAGCGUAGGAGAGCUAAAUCUGAUGCUAAAAGAAUGUCUGCCAUUAGAAAUGACAGUUCCUAUCAGCGAGUAGAAGGAGAAUCAAGCACUGAUGAAAGUGACAGUGAGAGUACUGCCUACAAAUCAAACCGUGAUCAGUUGCUUCAGGUUGCUGAAGAGAUAUUUGGUGACACACAUGAUGAAUACUCUCAAUUAGCUGUAGUUGUUAAUAAGUUUGAGAGAUGGAAGAAACAGUAUUCUUCAAGCUAUCGUGAUGCUUAUAUGUCUCUGAGCAUUCCUGCUAUUCUUUCACCCUAUGUUAGAUUAGAACUUUUGAAAUGGGACCCUCUACAUGAAGAUGUAGACUUCAGGGAUAUGGAAUGGCAUUCAUUACUCUACAACUAUGGACUUCCUAAUGUUGAUAGUGAUAUUAGAUCUGAUGAAGCUGACGCUGACGCAAACCUUAUUCCUCAACUAGUGGAAAAGCUUGCAAUUCCUAUCCUUCACUAUCAUUUAGAAUACUGUUGGGACAUGCUUAGCACUCGUGAAACUGAAUAUGCCGUGUCUGCCAUGAAAUUGGUGUUUGGAUAUGUUCCCCUGUCUAGUUCUGCUCUGGGCAAUUUGGUCACUGUUUUGCGCAACCGGCUUGCUGAUGCUGUGGCUAAUUUAGUGGUUCCCAAAUGGGACAAUCUUGUAAUGAAGGCUGUACCAAAUGCAGCUCGUGUUGCAGCGUAUGGGUUCGGCAUGUCUGUCCGUUUGAUAAGGAAUAUUUGCUUGUGGAAUAAUGUUCUUGCAAUUCCUAUCUUGGAGAAGCUUGCUCUUGAUGAGCUCUUAAGUGCUAAGGUUCUUCCCCAUCUUCAGAGCAUUAGAUCAGACAUUGAUGAUGCAAUUACAAGAACUGAAAGAAUUGUUGCUUCAUUAUAUGGUGUCUGGGCUGGUCCAAAUGUUAAUGGUGGUAAAAGGUUCCAUUGCACUUCACUGCGGAUCAACCAUACUAUAAGGGAGUAAUAUUUCCGUCUUAGGACAGUGAUGGAGAACUUGUUGUGCAUAGAAAUAGUUUCCAGGGAUGAUAGCUGCAGCCUGCAGGCUGGAGCCGACUGCUUCCUGAAACCUUAAUGGAGUGGGUUAUAUCAAAAGGCCAUAUCACAAAAUUUCAUCAAAAAAAAAAAAAAAUCACCCGCAAGCACCUCAAAUGGAGGUGGCCAGACAUUGUUCCAGUCAGGAAAUUCCUGAUGGGAGUUGAACUAUCUGCUAUUGGAUGUUCCCAAAUUGCAACCACUGGUCGAUUAUUUGCUAAUACUGAGUAAAAUGCUGGAGAAGAAGCAUUUGGUGACUGGAGCUGAGCAGGAGACUGGAAAGCAUGCUCGUAGGCUGAAGAAGAUGCUUGUUGAACUUAAUGAGUAUGAUCAUGCGAGGGAAAUUUCAAGAACAUUUAAUAUCAAAGAGGCAUUAUGAUAGGCCCUUUCACUACAGGGACAAAAGAUUUGGCGGCUACCCCUUGCCUGAUGUCUAAGGGCAGACAUGGUCACCCAUCAAAAGUUAGUCACAAGAGUCGUGCGGGUUAACUGGAAUCCAGAGGCUUACCCUUCUAGUGUUUUACUUUUCAAAAUUGAGGUGAUGCAGCAACAUAUUUUUGUUGGCUGUCGCCAUUUCUGUUAAUUACGUCAUAUAGAAUAAUAGAUCAAAUCUACUCGUUUAGAGGUUUGAAGGAACUUUAGGCAGCUGCUAAAACUAUACUGCCUAAGCUGGAUUAUUAUAGGCCAAAAGGAGAGCGUGGAAAAUGCCUAAUUGGCCGGUAGCCCUGACCCCUUCGGCGUGGAGAGUGGAGUGGAAAAUACAAUCUUGUUCGUAGUUAUCAAUAAUAUAGUAAUGUAAAAGAACUAUGUAGGUUUUGAUGUAUCGUAUACCCCACUUAAUUUCAAGUGCAAGACCAUUUUUUAAUGUUUCAAUGAAGUAUUUUUAAUUGUACUCAUUUAAGUUGUUAAUAAUAAUAAAAAAUCAAAAUUUGAGUGUUUUCA